CGGGAGCGCAGGAGGAUCAGAGCCGACCCGACCCGACCCGACCCGACCCAACCCGACUUUAACGCUGAUUUCAGGCUCCAGAACCACUUUUUAACCAACAGCUGCUGCUGGAAAGCUUCCUACUGACAAACCGAGCGAGUUGAGGAGUUUGGGUGCAUCAUGUCCCACUUCGGAUUUGAGAAUGACAUCCACAGCGUCCUGAAGCUGGACAUGCCGAUAACCAACGCUCCGAUGGCCCGGUGGCAGAGAAAGGCCAGCACGUCCACUUCAGCGCAUGCGGGCGCUUUGUCGCCCAACAAAAGCACCAACCGGUCGCUGAGCUUGUCCAAAACCCCCAGCAAAACGCCAGGGAAGAAUGGCAAGACACAGAGCACCCCCUCAAACGCCGGAGGAGACAGAUUCAUCCCAGUCAGGAACGCCAAACAGAUGGACGUGGCGAGCUUCCUCCUCUCCAAGGAGAACGAGCCGGCUGAGGAGGGCGCGUCUGCUGCCAAUCAGCAGGCGACUCAGAAGGCGUGGUCUGUAACUCUGAAUGGGUACGAUGUCGAGGAUGCCAAGAUCUUGCAUUUGGGAGGAAAGCCGCUCAACGCGCCUGAAGGUUACCAGAACAACUUGAAGGUUCUCUACAGCCAAGUUCACACGCCCGCCUCUAUGAAGAAGAGCCGCUACAUUUCUUCAGCUCCCGAGCGAAUCCUGGACGCUCCCGAGCUCCGGAACGACUUCUAUCUGAACCUGAUGGACUGGGGGCGGCAGAACCUGCUGGCCGUGGCGCUCUCGGAGCAGGUGUACCUGUGGGAUGCUGCUCAGGGGGACAUCACCCUGCUGAAGAAGAUGGAGGAAGAGAACGGCUACAUCUGCUCAGUGUCUUGGAGCAAAGAUGGAAAUUUCUUGGCCAUUGGAACGAGCACCUGCAAAGUGGAGCUGUGGGACGUCCAGUAUCAGAAGCGCUUGCGCUGCAUGGACAGCCACGCCACCAGAGUCGGCUGCUUAAGCUGGAACGAUCACGUCUUGUCCAGCGGCGCCCGCUCGGGUCUCAUUCAUCAGCAUGACGUCCGUGUAGCAGAACAUCACACGUGCACUCUGAGGGGUCACGCGCAGGAGGUCUGCGGCCUCGCCUGGUCUCCGGACGGACGGUAUCUGGCCAGCGGGGGAAACGACAACACGGUGAACGUUUGGUCAGGUGCCCAGCAAACCGGAGUGCAUUGCUUCACUGAACACGAAGGAGCAGUCAAGGCUUUGGCUUGGUGUCCUUGGCAGCCCAGCAUACUUGCUUCAGGAGGGGGCACCAGUGACCGCAACAUCCGCCUCUGGAACGUCAACAGUGGCUCCUGCAUUACUGCCUGGGACACGCAGUCUCAGGUGUCGUCGCUGUUAUUUGCAGCAAACUACAAAGAACUGGUCUCCGGACACGGCUUUGCACAUGACCAGGUUUCCAUCUGGAAGUAUCCCUCGCUCACUAAAGUUACAGAUCUUCAAGGUCAUGAGGGCAGAGUUCUGAACUUGUCCCUCAGCCCCGACGGCUCUACGGUCGCCUCCUUAAGCGCAGAUGAAACUCUGAGGCUGUGGAAGUGCUUCGAGAAGGAUCCCUCUAAAAAGGCCAAACCUGCCGGCGGCAGCAGCAGCAUCAUCCAGCAGCACAUCAGAUAGUCGGAGUUUUAACGGAGCCGUUCUCUUGUUUACGGAUUAAAUUAUGUACAGUGUGUUUGUAAAUUUGCAAUAAAGCUUUUUAUCCUUGGUUAA